AUGACAGCAAAUAUCCAUGGUAGUUGUAUUAAAUGCGGUAAAAGUGGUGGAGUGCUUUUUUGUAAUGGUUGUCAACAAACAUUAUGUUUUAAACAUGUUAAUGAACAUCGGGAUGAGCUUGAAAAACAAUUAGAAGAUUUAAUUAAUCAAGAAAAUCAAUUUGAAAAUGAUCUUACCAAAAAAGAUGAUUCACAUUAUUUAUUUAAUGAUAUUGAUAAAUGGAAAAAAGAAACUAUUGAACAAAUCAAACAAAUAGCUAAACAAGCUAAACAAGAUCUUAGAGAAUUAAUUAAUCAGUCAAAUGAAAAAUUGUUAAAAAGAUGUGAAGAAGUUAAAGAAAAUGUUCGUUUAUUAAAAGAAUCGGAAGAUUUAUCAGAAAUUCAACUAAAUAAAUUGUCGAAUGAAUUAAAUAAUUUAAAAAAAGAAAUAAAUUCCUUUCAAUUAAUAAAAUCAUCAAAUUCAAUUUUUCUUAAAAUUGAAAAACAAGAAACAAAUGAUAUUUCUCAAAUAAAAUCAUCAUCGAAUGAAAUUGUUUUACCUUGUAUAGAAGAAAGUCAUUCAAAAAGAGUAGGUUCAAUAUCAAUAGGUGAAAUUGAUCGAUAUGGACAUUUUAUUAUAAUUGAACAUAAUGGAUUAACAACUGAUAAAGAACAAGAUAUGGUUGGAUGGACAUUAAACCGUUCAAUUGAUUCUUAUAAAGAUAUUAUUUAUCGAUUUCCAAAUGAUUUUACUCUUAAAUCAAAAUCAUUGGUUAAAAUUCUUUCAAGAGAAGCAAGUCAAGGACGUUAUUCAUAUGAAAAAAAUAAUAUUUUAGUUGCUCAAUCAAUAUCAACAUGGGGAACUGGAGUUAAAACAAUUAUUAAUCGUCUUAUUGAUGCCAAUGGAGAUGAAAGAGAUGUUCUUACGCAAACAUUUUAA